AUGGCAGGUGCAAUUGUAAGUCAAGCUUUAGUGUCUAGUUUUAUUCAAGUUGUUUUUGACAACGUUGUUUCACCUGAGUUUGUGAAUUUUCAUUCGGGGAAAGAAGCUUCACAAGAAGCUAAUCAAAAGCGAGAAAUCAAUGAUCCUGCUGUGAAGAAGUGGCUCGAUGAUCUCAAAGAUGCUGUCUAUGAUGUUGAUGACUUGUUAGAUCGUGUUUCAACCGAAGCAGGAACGGCUCAAAAGGAGGUUGUUACAAAACUGGAAGACAUAACUGAGAGACUAGAAUAUGUUGGAAAAAACAAAGACAUUAUUGGUCUAAAAGAGAAUGCUAGGGAGAGCUUGUUGUGGAGAACACCAUCAACAUCCCUGUUAGAAAGAUCCACUAUAUAUGGUAGAGAUCAAGACAAAGAAGCCAUAAUGGAAUUGUUAUUUGAUGAUACAACAGAUGCUAAAAUAUCUGUGAUUCCAAUUGUUGGCAUGGGUGGGUUUGGAAAAACCACUUUAGCUCAAUUGGUGUAUAAUGAUGAGUCUUUGGAGCAAAUAUUUGAUCUUAAGUUGUGGAUUUAUGUUUCUGAAAAUUUUGAUAUUCAGAAGAUCACCAAGACUAUGAUAGAGGCAGUUACUUCAAGUAGCUGUGAUAUGAAGGAUUUGGGUUUUCUUCAACUCGAAUUGAAGGAAAAGCUGAUAGGGAAGAAGUACUUAGUUGUUUUGGACGAUGUUUGGAAUGAGAACUAUGGUGUUUGGAAUGAUUUUCAGAAGCCUCUUCAACACAGGGCCAAAGGGAAGCUUCCAAGCAGCAUGCAAAAUCUUGUGAAUUUGCGCCAUCAUGACAUUGGGGAAAGUUCUUUGCUGGAGUUGCCAAAGGGAAUGAGCAAACUACAAAAUCUGCAACACUUGACUGACUUCAUUGUUGAAGAGAACAUGAUUGCAGAACUUGGAGGACUUGCAAAUAUCCAUGGCCCCUUUGGGAUUUGCAAAUUAGAGAAUGUCCGGAAUAGCAGCGAGCCAUCAGAGCAUGAAAGAGACAUAUUUGACAAGUUACAACCUCACAAUGAGGUGAAAGAGCUAUUGAUAUAUAGCUACAGAGGUACAACAUUUCCAAAUUGGCUAGGCCACUCUUCCUACCACAAUAUGAGUAGCAUUGUUCUUGACUCCCGCAGAAACUGCUGCAUACUUCCUUCACUUGGACAACUUCCUAAUCUCAAGUCCUUGAUCAUUGUGAAUUUCGAUUCUCCGCGGACCAUUGGUGCUGAGUUCUACAGGAAUGAUAGUUUUUUCAGGACAGCACCACCUUUUCCAUCCUUGGAACAUCUUGAAUUCUGUUACAUGCCUUGCUGGGAGGAGUGGGAUUCAUUUGAGCCUAGUGCUUUUCCUCAACUUAAACAUCUUGCACUGCCUUAUUGUCCAAUAUUAUCAAAACGGUUGCCUGAUCACCUUCCUGUGUUGGAAACACUAAGCAUUAUAGGAUGCCAGAAGCUUGUUUCUUCUUUCCCAAGGGCUCCUGCUAUUCACAUAGCAGCCAGGUUCUUGAGCAUCUCAGGUUGUUGGUCUGCUGUAUCAUUUCCGGGAGACUAUUUACCAGCAUCUCUAAAAGCCUUGUAUAUCAAGGAUUUGUCACAUGAUGCUGCUCUUCAAAAUCUCAAAAGCCUUACCAUUGAUGACUGCUGCAGUUUUGUAUUCUUUGCCAGAGAAGGAAUUGUUGUGGCUGGCAUGAAUUGUUCUCUCCCAAAACUACAGAAUCUCACCAUAAAGCACUGUCCGAAACUUGAUUUGUUUCCUAUAAGGGAUCUGCUACCGAACCUGAGAUCACUCAAUAUCACAAAUUGUGUGAAACUAUUAAGCUUGGUAACAUCAAAGGAGUUGCAUCCACAGGGCCUUACACAUCUCAUCAUUGGUGGUGCAUGUGAUAGAGUCAAGUCCUUCCCAAUGGAGGGCUCCUCGCUUCCGGCCUCCCUUAUGAACCUCGAACUCAACGGAUUGUUGAGUCUAGAGACAUUGGAUUGUAAAGGGCUUGCCACCCUCACUUCCCUCCAACAAUUAACUAUUGCAGAUUGUCCCAAGCUGGAGAAUCUGCAUGGAGAAAAGGCUACCUGCAUGCUUAUCACAACUCUAAUCUACUAUUCCUCUUCCAUGGAAAAACUGUACCGGAAGAAGGACCCAAUCAUUUUGGGCUGA